AUGGAUGCUGCAGUGGCCAAUCUCUCCUUAAGCGACGAACCGACGAGGCGCGUCAUCACGAACGUCGAGGACAUGAUGCCGCGCGACGUUUUUUACAAGGUCAUCGGAACCUCCUAUCUAACGCCGACCGAGCUGCCGCCCGUCGCCGUUUGCAAUCGGUCGUUCAAGGACGCGAUGUAUCAGCCCAGGAUCAUCAUGUAUCGGGCCGCGAUCGCGAUUAGGAAACUAGCUCUCACAGAGGCUCACAAGUGGUAUUCGAUGGCAGCAGAGCGCUUCGCUCCGUGUCGCGAAGCGUUGAUCUUCCUCGGAGAAAGAAGGCGCGGAGAAGAUUGGGACCCCGUGGAAGCGGAGCGGCUCAACCGCGAGGCGAUCGCGGCCGACUCUUCCGCUGACGAAACAUAUGUGCUUCUGGCACCAGCAGGGUAUGCCUUAGACGUCGCUCGCGUUAAUCUCGCGAAGAUACUACGGAAACGUGGUGCGUUUGAGGAGGCUGCGUCGUUGCUCCGGGCAGUGUUGGCCCACGAUCCAAUCAAGGCGAAGAAAAAAGGCACAAUGUACUACCCCUAUCCUUCGGCGCUCAUCCUACUCGCGGAGAUGAUGGUUACUGGCGAGACGCCGGGGCUGCCGACCGAGGCCCUCACCCUCCUCGGGAAGUCAGUGCUACCGAUCAAGCGCACCUUUCGACGGUCACUCGACGGUCACCGCGAGUACGUGCUCUGUCUGACUCACAAGGCGCUCGCCGCGUUUCACGCGCAAGGUCCCCAGGGCACACACGCGCGCGCGGCCUUCCAACAUGCCAACAACGCGUUGAGUUUCGGCUACCGCGAGGCUGUGCAGGAGCUCGGCUUCUGUUUGGAGGAGGGUUUUGGGACCGAGGUAAACCCGGACCAAGCGUAUCCGUUGUUGUUGAUGGGCGUUAAAUUGAAUUUUGUGCGGAGCGUCACGCGCAUUCGAGAAAUUAUCUCCGACGACCCGCCCCAGCUGAGGACCUUGCGGCUCAUCCAAUCGAUUCUCACCAUGCGCGCGAUGGGCCAGCUCACCGACGACGACAUGAGCCGCAACGAGACGCUCGCGGCGGCCUGGCGGUUGACGGAGGAAAUCCCUCCCCCAGCAGCUAUGGUCCAGGAAAUCGCGGCGGGGGUAGCGAACGUGAAUGCAGAAGACCCCGAUCACGCAGAUCGAUUCCCAACGCGCGAGGAAAGCUAUGCAGCGUUGGGCAUCGAUCCGCCGCCGCCGAACCAGGACGACGGCGAGGCCUAG